UGUUUUUCUUUUUUCAUAUUGUUUAAUCGAGGAAAUGAAAUUAAACAAAGAAAUAAACUUGAAUUAAGUAGACAAAUUUACGUAGUAUCGAUAGAUUGAUUUAAUUGAUAUUAUCGUAUUGUUGUAUUAAAUGUAUUAAAUUGACAUUGUUGUAUUAAAUGUUGCUUACAUCUGCAAUUUGUAUACAUAUAUAUAUCCUUUGAAUAACGGAGUUUAAAAGACGACAAGCACAGCGAGUGUGCCGCACAUGGAUGCCACAGCAAUAUAAGCACCGUAAAAUGGAUGUAUGAAAGUAUCGGAUCUAUAGACCUAGAUCCGUAAUGGUCCAGACAAAUUAGGGCGCUGACGGUUCAAAAUUCUCAAUCUGUAAGAUAAAAGCUUUCCGCAACGUUGCGUGUAGCGCGUACAAAAGAAAUGAUAUCAGGCGACAGAACAUUGACCCGCGACAGAAGAAGACCUAUAUAUUGACGUUGUAUGAUUUAUAAAAGAAAUUUUUCUUCUUUGCUGCUCUAGAUAACAAUCAUUAAGAAAAUCUAUUUACAAAAUUUAUAAGUUUUACUCGGUACACGGAUCUUCAAUGAUCGUACGAGACUUUCUCAAACACGUUGCGACGUACUCUAUGCGGCAAACAAAGCUAUAUCUACGCUGCCUGCUGAGAGCCAAUGAUAAAAAUUUUAACGUUUUUAAAAAAAUCACGCUUUGUAGUUAUACGCAAUGUACAAAAGAAAAGAAAAGUCUAUGUCUACGUUGGAAUUUUAGGUGGUCUGAAAUUAACUCCCGCUCUUGGAUUCUCUUCGGAGAUCGCGGUUCUUUCGCAAAGUCUCGGAUCGGCUGUGUCUUGCAUAAGGCUGGCCCUUACCGCCCGCUGUCCGGUCCCGCUCGACAAGCCCAAGUUAGUCGUUUUCUCUUUCCGUUACCACUCGUGAUGAUUCUAUGUACGGCACUGACGGGCACGAGACUCGGAGACUCGGAGAGCGGAGUCGCAACUCGACCAAGCCGAGGGACUCACACUUGUGUGAGAGAAACGGGCGUCAGACGAGGCGCGUCCACGAGGCCGCGUUUUUCAUUUUCCAUCGUCCGCCGCGUUUUGCGAGGGUGCUCACGCACCUGUCGGACGGACCCGCCGUAUCGUUAUCACACGUGGAUAACAAAUAACCUGGGAUAAUUCGGUGGCCACGAGAAGGAGAGGCCGAGAGAGGGGAAUUCCGAUCUCUCUCGGUGCUCGGCUAGAUCUCGACGUUCGUGCUUCGGCUUUAGAGGAGAGCGGUGACCGCCUCUCUCGAAGGAAAGAAGAAAUAUCUCAUCGGCUUGCACACUGCAGGGAACGCUAUUUUAGCGUGUACGCUAACGUAGAAACACUCGAAUGUCAUCGCCGAUGGCUUAACAUCAUUGUAAAAAAUUCACAGAGAGGUAGAAAAAGAAACGGAAAAAUGCUUCACGUUCAUUAUGGGCACGUAGCUUUCGCAGCUUUAAUUAUUAUACUUAUUACUUUAACAGGACCUACGAGUUCUCAACGGGGCGACAAAACAUUAUCCAGAGGCCCGCAUGCGAAACGACCGCAUCCUUGCGAGCAGAGUUCGUGUUAUCCCGCAACUGGAAACCUACUGAUCGGCCGUAAAGACAGACUGAGCGCUUCGUCGACGUGCGGUCUCCAUGGCCCCGAAAGAUUCUGUAUUGUUUCUCAUCUUAAGGAUAGAAAGAAAUGCUUCUUCUGCGAUGCAUCGAUACCUAAACAGCAGCAUAACAUCGAAAAUAUUGUUAGCGGAUCAUGGUGGCAGGCUGAAAACGGAGUGGAGAAUGUCACGAUACGUUUUGAUCUUGAGGCAGAGUUUCACUUUACGCACAUCAUUAUUCGUUUCCAAACCUUCCGACCGGCUGCCAUGUUGAUCGAACGUUCGUACGAUUUUGGAAAAACUUGGCAGGUAUACCGGUACUUUGCUCAUAAUUGUGAGCACUACUUCCCCGAUAUUCCGACUCAUCAACCGCAAAGAUUAACGGACGUCAUUUGUGAGACGAGAUACUCGGCUGUGGCACCAUCCACUGGUGGUGACGUAAUUUUCAGAGUAUUGCCGCGAAAUUUAGAAAUCGACAAUCCCUACUCGAAGGAAGUGCAGAAUCUACUAAAGAUCACCAAUCUCAGGAUCAAUAUGACGAGGCUUCAUACUCUAGGCGACGAUUUGCUUGACGAUCGACCAGAAAUUCGCGAGAAAUAUUAUUAUGCUAUCCAAGAUAUGGUAAUCCGUGGUUCGUGCUCCUGUUAUGGGCAUGCUUCCAGGUGUUUACCGUUACCAGGAGUCGCCGAUGAGGAGAACAUGGUCCAUGGCAGAUGCGAGUGUACGCACAACACUAAGGGCCUUAACUGCGAGAAAUGUGAGGAUUUCUACAACGACUUGCCAUGGAAGCCUGCGGUCGGCAAACAGACGAACGCCUGUAGACCAUGCAAUUGCAAUAAUCAUACUAAUUCUUGCCAUUUCGACGAAACUGUCUAUGAGAGAUCAGGCAGAGUGUCCGGCGGAGUCUGCGACGAUUGCCAGCACAAUACACGAGGACAAAAUUGCGAACAGUGCAAACCAUUCUAUUAUCACGACGUGACGAAGGAUAUUUCUGAUCCAGAAGCUUGUCAACCUUGCGAUUGCGAUUUAAGCGGAUCCUUAGACGACGGCAUAUGCGACUCGAGAACUGAUCCUUUAAAUGGAGACGAAUCCGGACGUUGUCAUUGCAAACCAAAUGUCGACGGGCGUCGGUGCGAUCGCUGCAAAAACGGUUUCUGGAACUUUGAUCCCGAUGAUCCCGAGGGAUGUCAAGCCUGCACGUGUAAUACUAUGGGUACCAUUGACAAUCAGGGUUGCAACGUGGUGACCGGUGAGUGCACGUGCAAACGGUAUGUCACAGCGCGCGACUGCAAUCAGUGCUUGCCGGAAUAUUGGGGACUUUCCGAGGAUCAUGAUGGAUGCAAACCAUGUGAUUGCGACCCUGGCGGCUCUUACGAAAAUUCCUGCGACGUCAUUACCGGUCAGUGCAGAUGCAGACCACACGUCAGCGGAAGGACUUGCAAUCAGCCGGAGCAAAGUUAUUAUACCGGCUCGCUAGACUUUCUUAUUUACGAAGGAGAGUUGUCUAGGGCCACCGACAACUGUCAAGUGGUGAUCAGAGAACCUUAUCGCGAUAGGAACAGCACAUGGACCGGCACGGGUUUCAUGAAGGCUCUCGAAGGAUCUGUAUUGAACUUUACCAUUGACGACAUUCGCAGAUCGAUGUGGUACGACGUGAUUGUACGAUACGAGCCGGUGCAUCCGGGCGUCUGGGAGGACGUGCAAAUUAUUCUCGAGAGAGACAGUCUACCAGAUCCUAAUGGACCGUGCGCCGAUUGGAGACCAGAAUACGAUCGUUUGUGGGUUCAAUUGCCUCUGCGGUCGAGAAGUGCCAUGGCACAACCAUCUAUAUGUUUAGAAGCGGGGAAACGUUACAACCUUCUGCUGCAAUUCCGCAAGUUUAACAGUCACGUGGACACGCCUUUGGCCUCCAUUCUAGUCGACUCGAUUGUUCUGAAGCCAAGAAUAGACGCGAUACCCUUCUUCAAGACUCCAAGUCUAGGCGAACUUCGUCGUCAAGAAUACGAACGUUACCAUUGCAAUGAAUUGUUCAAUGAUGUCAACAGCGUAUGGAGUAACAUACCCGAGAUCUGCAAGAAAUAUCAAAAUAGCAUUGGCUAUUAUGUCUUUGACGGUGCCCAUUCUUGCGAAUGUAACCCGACGGGUUCUCGUAGUCUUUUGUGCGAGAACUAUGGCGGGAUGUGCCCGUGUAAGUCAAACGUGGUAGGCAGACGUUGCGAUCGUUGCGCACCGGGAACGUAUGGAUUCGGCCCAGAAGGAUGCAUUUCCUGUGAUUGCGAUGGCGUCGGCGCCCUCGACAAUUUCUGCGACGUCGAGACCGGCCGUUGUAAGUGUCGCCCCAACACUUAUGGCAGAACCUGCGGUCAGUGCGAACCUGGCUUUUGGAACUUCCCACAUUGCCAGCGCUGCGAGUGUCAUGGGCACGCGGAUAACUGCGACUCGAAGACAGGGGCCUGUACCAACUGCCGAGAUUUUACUACCGGGCAUAAUUGUGACCGUUGCAUUGACGAUUUCUACGGCGAUCCACGAAUUGGAGUCGAUAUACCUUGUAGAGCGUGCCCUUGUCCAGGUACACGUGAAUCCGGGCACUCCUAUGCUAACAGUUGUUCAUUAGACUCGAUAACGCAGGACGUAGUGUGCGAAUGUUUCGAGGGUUAUUCUGGACCUCGCUGCGAGCAUUGCGCUGAGAAUUAUUUCGGUAAUCCGGAGGUACCAGGCGGUAGCUGCCAAUUUUGCAACUGCAACAACAACACAGACUUACGUCGCGCUGGUAACUGCGAUCCGCACACCGGUCAUUGCCUCCAAUGUCUAUUCGACACUGAUGGUCCUACUUGCGAGAUAUGCAAAGCGGGAUUCUAUGGAGACGCUCUACGACAGGACUGUCGAGACUGCGGAUGCAAUGUCCUGGGUACUGACAAGACCGCAGGAUCGUGCAACCAUCGUACCGGACAGUGUCCGUGUUUGCCGCAUGUCAUAGGACAACUUUGCGAUUCUUGUGAAGAGAAUCAUUGGAGGAUAGCUAGCGGACAAGGCUGCGACCCUUGCGAAUGCGAUGUAGUUGGAAGCAUUUCAGACAGAUGCAAUCCUUACGACGGCACUUGCGAGUGCAGACCAGGAUUUGGCGGCAGACGAUGCAAUGAGUGUCAGACAAAUUUCUGGGGCAAUCCGAACGUUGAGUGUUAUCCGUGCGAAUGUGACUCGAUCGGUUCCGCAAGCCAGCAGUGCGACAGAGAGACUGGGGUAUGCGUUUGCCAUAAAGGUAUCGGUGGUGAGAAGUGUGAUCAGUGUGAUCGCGGUUAUCACGGCGAGGCUCCGCAAUGCAGUCCAUGCGGUGAAUGUUUCGACAAUUGGGAUCUAAUAUUGGACGGUCUCAAGAAUAAGACAAAUGCAGUCAUUCAAGAAGCUUCAAGAAUACAAAAGGUGGGCACAACCGGCGUAUACAGUCAGGAAUUCGACAACAUGGAGGAGGCUUUGAACGAAGUACGAGAUUUGAUUAGUAACACCACUAUCCGGAGCCAAGAUCUAGACGCGUUGGAUGAUUUAGCCGACGAAUUGACGAAUAAUAUUUCCAAAUCAGAAAAGUUAUUGGAAGAAACGAACAAUCGCUUGGAGAAUCUCAAUCAGCGAGUCAGUCUUAACAACGUUGCGCUGAAAAAGUUAAAGAACAGGACAAACAGCUUGGACAAGGCCGCUGCCGAUUUGCGGGAAAAUGCCACCAGGUUACAAGAAGAGAAUGUUUUGGGCGCUUUAAAUGUGACUCAUCAAAUGGCCGAGCAGUCUAGACAGGCCGAGAAAAUGGCAAAUGACACUACGAAUGUCCUCGGCGAUGCGGAACGAUUCCGCAAACAUACCGAGAACAUCUUGGCGAAGAACCGUGCAUCCGUGGAUGAAGCCCAAGAGAGAAACAAAGAGUCAUUGACGAGGCUAAAUGAAAAACUGAAGACGUUCGGUAUGGCGAUGCCUGAAUUGAAUCUGCGAAUGUGCGGCGACAAUGUGACGGAUUGUAGUACCGUCUGCGGUGGUGCGGGCUGCGGCUUCUGCGGAGGAUUAUCUUGUCACGCGGGUGCAGUCAGCAAGGCCAAUCAAGCUCUAGAUGUUGCCAAGCAACAAGCUGCUAAGAUCAAAAGCCACAAGGACGAGGCCGAACAAUUGUUACGCAAUAUGAGCCAAAUCAAGCAAGACGCAACAGCGGCGAGAUCCAAUGCUCAAGAUGCUUUCAACUACGCGUGGGAAGCACGCAACCGGUCCGAUAAAAUCACCGAGGAUAUCUCGGAUAUAACCAAACGAAUCUGGAGCAUCCUGGAUGAAGACCAACCUACUCCAGCCAUGGUGAGAGACCUCGCGUACGAAGUGCUCGCAAAGAAUAUCCAAUUAGAACCGGACGAGAUCACACAGUUGGCCGAUCGCAUCAAAAAUAUCGUAGGUUCUCUCACUGAUUCUGAGAAGAUUCUCGCCGAUACUAAGGAUGAUCUAGAACGGGCACACGAUCUCGAGAAACGCGCCAAUCAAGCCAAAGAGAUAGCUAUUGAAAAGCAAACCUUGGCAAACAAAGUAAUCCUGUUGUUAAACGAUGCGCAGAAGGCGCAACAUCUGGCGCAAGAUGCGAUCGACAAGGCGGAAGAUGACGUGUCCAAAUCGCAAAAGGAUCUCGCGGACAUUGCCGACAUGACGAAUGCCGCUCAGAUUCGGGCUAAUUUCACCACCAAAUCGGUCGAGGCGCUGGAUGCCCGUUUGAAGCAGCUUCAGACGCAAUCUGCCAAGAACAGUUUUAUCCUGGCGGAGAUUGAUACGGAAGCGAAAAAGGUCGCUGACGAGGCGCAAGUGACCGACAGCAAGACGAAAAAACUAUCAGAGGAAUACAAGAAAGCGGACGAGUCGCUGAAUCAGCGAGUGAACAAAACUAAGGGCGAUAUCCAGCGAGCAAAGAGACUCUUGCAGCGUGCCUCCGAGCUGACGGCGGAUACGUCGACAAAGUCCAAAGAUCUGGACGGUAUGGAAAGCGUCUACAAAGAUAACGAGCGGCUGCUGACAGAUCUGAUGAGCGACGUAGACGCACUGACGAUGGAGAUGGACAAACAUCUGGCAGAGAUCGAAAAGAAAUCGCAGUUGUAUAGACAGUGUUCCGCUUAAAAUUUUUCGCAAUCAGUUAGGUAGUCACUUACUUUCCAAUCGUGAAUUUCGUCUGCAAAGUACGAUACACAUCGACAAUCAAAUGGAUCUUUUCUUCUUUAUUAAGUCUGACACAAAUAUAUAUCCGCAUGCGGUAGAAUCUCCUACUCCAUAGAUGAGGUCCCUUUCCAGAAUACAUCUUACUACUACAUUUUUUUUUUUACUGCGAGAUAUAUGUUAGAUCUUACUAAUAGAUCGGUGCUUUAUACUUGUGCAAUAGCCGUGAAUUUUACCUUGAUUUAUAAUAGAAAACGGAUAUGCGUAUUUACAUAAUACAUAUAUACAUUUGGCAUUCGCAACUUAUUCUGGAUAAUAUUGCGAAGAGAUUAUUAUUAGUGCCAUAAAUAUAAAUGGAGGGGCCAUUAGUAGUUGUAAAGAAGACGAUUUAUAGGUUCGUUAAAGCAUCGCUGCAAAUGCAAUCAAGAUGAUAUUUUCUCUAACUUUUUAUAGCUUCGCUAAAUUUGUUCUCUACUCUCUUUUGCAAUUUUUAUAUUUUUGUACUUUCGCGGCAUACAAUUUUUUAUUUUUAUAUAAUAAGAAUAUUGUACACAUUUUAUCCGCUAAUAUAUGGAUAUGUAUUUUACUACAAGUGGUACUUAAAGAAACACCGUAGCGAAGUAUUAAGUUCGUGUUCCAUAGAUGAUACAUUAAAAAUAAUUAAAGAAUAAAUGUAAAUAAUUAAAAUAAACGUAAUUAUACGGAUCUGGCGAAUAUAAAAUAUUCGAUAUAUUGCCGAGACGCGCAUAUCUUAUCUGCAAAUAUAGACAAAAGUUAAAAUUAAAGUAGCCUUGUCGAUCAUUACACCGUCUGUAAAUAAAUACAGUCUGCGGUCCUGUAAAUAUUAAAUGUUACAUACUUACAAAUCCAGUCUACGAAGUUUGAUGCAUUUUUGUCUUUAGGAUUUUCAUUCUUCUUUUACACACAUUUCUAAUCCUGAUUAUAAAAAGUGACGAACUUCAUGUGAGAAAUAAUAGAGAAACCGAUAAAAAUUCGUAUAAUUAUUCUGGAUACAAAAGUGAAAGAAACAAGAUUCCGUUAUUUAUGUCAUUAUUGCACGCGAUCGAUCUUUAUAUAUUACAUCAGGAGUAUCGUUGAGUCUCAUUUAAAAGUAGACGAACAAUGCUAUGAUCAAGCCAAAAAGAAUAUUUAAUAUGUAUAGCGAUAUUACAAUAUUGUAAUGUUAGAGAGAAAUAAAUGAGUUCUCAAAUA